GCGAAUGUUUUUUACAUCAGACUGUCUUUUGUCUUUUCUUUGUGAAAAAUUAGUAGUACUUUAGUUUAAUUCGAAAUACUAAUUAAAUACACUAAUGUCGGACAACCAGGACAAAGAAGAAACAUUGGCCAGUUUCCAGGUCAUAACUGGAAUUGAGGAUGUCGGCGAGGCCUUCUCUCACCUGGAGGCUACCAAUUGGGAUCUUGUGGAGGCAAUCAGCCGUGUAAUGCCACACGACGAUGCACCGUUGGCCAAUCCCAUACACCCGCCAGAGUCGCAAGCGCAAUCGCAAUCAGAAGAUCCAGUGUCAGUAGCAACUGCGCAUCCAAAUCCAAAUACCAACGGCUUCCGGCCAUUCAAUUUUGAUGAGAUGCCCGGUCCUUCACAAGGCGCACGCAUGUUUCCAUCGUCACAAUUGCUAGCCCAGCUGACGUCGAGCAUCAACUUGGAUCCCUCCAGGCAGAACAACAACCAAAAUAUCCUAUUAUUUAACAUACACUUCAACCAGCAGCUCUAUCAAAUUCGUAUGCCAUCAAAUGCAACCAUAGAGCAACUCAAACGCAAGAUCUUUGAUGUGACCAAUGUGCCACAAUGUCGUCAGGCCUUACGCGGCUGGCCGCCGUCCAGAGCCAGCGAGGCUCAAUUGGCCGAAACGCAGCUCUGCAAUUUGGGUUUGGCUCCAGAGAAUGAGCUCAUACUCGUGGAUCUAACUGAUGAUGGUUUCAUGGAUACCGAACAAGAUGAGAGUACACAGCGUUUGGACAAGAUGUUUAAACUGCAUAUUGUCGAGGAGCCGGAGGGACGUAGAACCACACUGAAUCUGGUCGGCAGGACGACAAUUGAGGAGCUGAAAACAAAAGUUUACUACAUUACCAAUACACCAGUAAGGCAUCAGGAAUGGUCUGGCUGGCCCAGCGGUUGUGAUAAUGAAACCAAUCUGGCGCAAUCGGGUAUCGAGCAGAGCCAUGAAUUUAUACUGCGCAAUAUUGCAGACCGAGUGCAAAACAAUUCCAAUCCAAUAACCAGCUCCGAAGUGGUAAAUCUUGACAGCGAGAGCUCAGCGGAUGAGUUUGAGGAUGCAACAGAUUUUAACAACUCGGAAUACAUAUUCUCAGAUUCGCCUCCAGUUCAGCCGCUCAACAGACAUCUGAUAACUAACAACACGAACGAUGAGACCAGCGGCUCAGCACAAUUUGUGGAAAACUACAAGCAACGCUUUGGAGAACCGCAUCCAGAUUUUUUUGUGGGCAGUUUAGAGAACGCAUUGAGGCUCGCCUGUCACAAGCCGGCUAAAGAGCGUAAAUUGUUGGCCAUUUAUUUGCAUCAUGGCGAGAGCAUACUCACAAACGUAUUCUGUGAUCAUCUCAUGAAGGACGAUGGCAUCAUACUGACAUUUAGAGAAAAUUUUGUGCUCUAUGGCUGGGAUAUGACGUACGAGAGCAACAAGGAUAUGUUCCUGUCUUCUUUGACGGCAUGCAUCAACAACACCGCCUCGUUAACGGCCAGAAAUAUCAAACUUGACAAGCUUCCCGCCAUUAUGCUAGUCGGUAAAAGCCGCAUGAUGGGCCGCCAAACAUGCGAGGUCUUAUCUGUGAUUCAUGGCAACAUUGGUCUGGCUGAUUUACAAUCGCGGCUAUUUGACACAACAGUGUUGUACGAGGAGCAACUGCAGGGCGAGAUACGGGAGGAGAAUGAGCGUGCUGCACGGGAUCAGGUUAAAGCCGAACAGGACAUGGCCUACGAGGAGACGCUACAGGCCGACAUGGCCAAAGAGGCAGCGAAGCGACAAAAGGAGGCUGCUCAGGCAGCCGAACGUAAACGUAUCGAAUCCGAAAGAGCCGAAGAAGAUGCUAGACGUGAAUCCAUAAGAUUGGUGGCUAAGCAAUCAUUACCUCAAGAGCCAGCCGAGCAUGAGGCAAACAUUUCCAAAAUACGCGUACGGAAGCCCACUGGGGAUCAUUUGGAGCGUCGCUUUUACAUACAUGACACAUUGCAGGAUCUUUUAAACUUUGUGGCAGCUAAUGGAUUUCUGAUCGAUGAAUACAAAGUUUUUAGUGGUUGGCCACGUCGGGACUUAACCGCCAUUGAGGCGAGCCAAACGCUGGAGGGACUCAAGCUAUAUCCGCAGGAAACGGUCAUAUUGGAGGAGAGAUUUUGAUUUUGAUUAUUUAAUAUGAUCAAUGUUCGUUUUGAGUUCUUAGAGUUCGUUUUCAUUGGAUUUAAGUUCUGCAUUAAUAAGUGAAAAAAUUAGUGUUUGUAUUUUAUGUUAAUUUUUAUAGAGGAACCAAUAACAACAACAACAACAAGUAAACUAAGAAAACGAGAAUUGGGCAUAACGCAGAAAAAACUGAUUGAGCUGUAGUUUAAGAGCAAACGUUUUUUACAAUUACAACCGAAAAAAA